CGCGUGACCUGGGGCAGAGCUACGGUGCGAACAGGUACUGGGCGGAAGUCGUGGGCACUGUGCCGUCGCCACUGUGCCGUCGCCCACACUCCGGAUCCAGAAUCCUGAAUCUCGAGCACCUGGAUACCUGGGCGCUGAUGUUUGAACUGGAAACUUCAACUUUUGAAAGAAUCUUCAGGAUAGCUUUGAACUCCACAGUUCUAGAAGCUGUAUAGAUACUCGUGGAACUGAGAGGUCUGCAAGAAAGGGAAAUGGCACUUACCUGUUGACUAAAAAUGAAAUUUCAAGUGGCAGUUGUGACAAAAGACUCUUAAUCUUUCCACACCUGGAUUCACUGGAUUGGGGAUACAGCUGGAGAACAAGAAGUGAUACUGGAAAGGGGAACCCAAAUGAAGAGGAUGAGGCCUGCUGGAGAGUAAAUGGCCGCCUCCACCUCUCCAGGGACAAAGUCAGCCUCUUGGUGGAGUUAUUUUUUUCUUUAUGAUGGUUCCAAGGUGAAGGAGGAAGGAGAUCCAACCAGAGCUGGCAUUUGUUACUUUUAUCCUUCUCAGACCGUUCUGGACUGUCAGGAGCUGCUCUGUGGGCAGAUUGCUGGAGUUGUCCGCUGUGUCUCUGACAUUUCUGGCUCUUCUCCCACUCUCAUUCGCCUGCGGAAACUGAAGUUUGCCGUAAAGGUUGAAGAAGAUUACCUCUGGGUGCUGGGCUGUGCUGUGGAGCUCCCCGAUAUCAGCUGCAAGCAGUUCCUAGAUCAGCUCAUUGGAUUCUUUAAUUUUUACAAUGGUCCCGUUUCCCUGGCUUAUAAGAACCAUUCUCAGGAGGAACUGAGUUUGCAGUGGGACACUUUCAUUGAGCAAGUUCUGAAAAACACCAGUGAUCUGCAUAAGAUAUUCAAUUCCCUCUGGAACCUGGAUCAAACCAAAGUGGAGCCCCUGCUGUUGCUGAAGGCAGCCCUCAUUUUGCAGACCUGCCAGCGCUCGCCUCACAUUCUAGCUGGCUGCAUCCUGUAUAAAGGACUGAUUGUAAGCACCCAGCUGGCACCCUCCCUCACUGCCAAGAUCCUGCUUCACAGACCUGCACCUCUGGACCAGAGACUACCUGCAGCAGGGGACGCACCACGGGACCCAGGAGCAGCAUUCCCCCUGAAUGUCCAGAUCACCCCCGUUUUCCUGACCGAAGAGGAAGCUGCCAGUCUCCAUGAGUUCCCAGUGGAGCAGAUGCCCAGGCCAGCCAGACUUCAGGAUGGCACAGUCCAGCAUCUUGCAAAGGAUUGGAGCACAUCUGCUUUAAAAAAAGAUGCCGCCAGGCAAGUGGCCUCCGAGGCUCAGAUGUCAGCUGCCACCCUGGACCCCAUGUCCCCUGACAGAGUGUGGCCAAAUGGCAAGGGAGAGAAUGGACAUUUACCUGGCCAUGAGAUGGAGGACUGGGGGCCCACAGGACUACACACUACUGCCAAGGGCCAGGUCCCUGGCCUCAGCUGCCCUCUGCACAAGGAACCAGGCUUUCCCCAGGAGGAGACUGACUUGUCUGAAAUCCACAUUCCAGAAGCUCAGGAAGUAGGAGGAUCCUCAGGUCAUUAUACCUUCCUACAAAUGUAUGCCCCGGGUGGCAGAGGUCUUUACCAUGAGCACCCUGUCAGUGAUGCCAGCAACCUGGAACCCAUGCCAUCUGAGGACAUGGCUACCAGCUGCAGUCUCUCUGCCUCACUUGAUGUGCUCACCCAGAAUGGAGCCCAAGAGCAGCAUGAAGACCUUCCUGGUACCAGCAACCACAGCCUUGUUCCUGGAACAGACCCCCUCCCCACACAGACCAGCUGGCCAUUGUCGCCUCACCCAGAUCCAGAGCAGAAAGGAAGCAAGCUUCUUGGGGGGCACCAAGGUGUAGAUCAGCAGGUUGAUGGAGUCCGUGAGAGCCUCGCAGCCACUGGUUUACAAUGCAUUUCAGAUUCAGCAGACUCCCAGGGUGAUAACCCCUCUACAGACAGAGCUGACCCCAGGCUGACCCCAGUAGGGGGCCCCAUGAGACUCGUGCAGAUGAACCUCUACACUCACAGUGUUAAGGGGUUGAUGCUGUCGCUGCUGGCUGAGGCACCACUGCUAAGAGACAGCUCAGCCAUCGAGGAGGUGUACCACAGCAGCCUGGCGUCCCUGAAUGGACUGGAGGUGCACCUGAAGGAGACGCUGCCCAGAGACCAAGCUGGUCCCUCAGCCAGCACCUACAGCUUCGUGCACCACGACCACAUCCAGAACGUGCUCACGGCCAACCUUCCCCCGGUGGCCUCAGCCCAAGACCGCCACUUCCUCCAAGCCAUCAGCCUCAUGCACUCGGACUUCGCCCAGCAGCCCACACUGUACGAGAUGACCGUCAGGAACGCCUCCACGGCUGUGUAUGCCUGCUGCAGCCCUGCCCAAGAGACCUACUUCCAGCCACUGAUGUCCGACACCCGGAGCUCCGGCUUCCCGAACCCACAGGAUGGAGCCUUCAGCCUGGCGGGCAAAGCCAAGCAGAAGCUGCUGAAGCAUGGAGUAAACUUGCUGUGAGCCAGGCCUCACCCCAGGUUCAUUGCCCAGCAACAGCCCUGAGACUGCACCAGCAAAGGAAGCUCUGCCUUUUAUAAUGGAAAAGGUCCCUCUUUUAUUUUUCUUGGAGUAGUCCCUUUUAAGGAACAUAAUACUUGGGGUUUGGUGCUCCUGUUGCAGACUGCGAUGUGUGUAUGGCGGCUGUUCUCGGGGUCUGCACACACAGCGCACUUGGUAAAGAACUCGAUUAUACCAGCAGCAUUGGGCCAAGAUGGCAUCUUAUCUCCUCGUACCAAAGAGGUUCAGGGUAGUUUUUUUGGUCACACAGCCACAGCCGGAGCCAUUUAGUAUUUCCUACUGCUUCCAUCCUGGCCUGAAUGGCUGCCACAGCAUUCCAGGGCAGCACUGUGUAGAACUUGGCUUUCCUCAUCCUAGAGUCCUCGGCCGUGCAACCAGGUGGGUGUUUGGGCCUGGCUGCACCGUGAGGAGGUGGGUCUGUUACCAGGCUGUCCCCAGUGCCAUUCCUCAGGGUGUCUCCAAGAGGGCCUCCUGGGAGGUCUGGGAAAGAGGGCAGCCGGGUCCUCGGAAUACAGCAGUGGGCCAAGUCCUGAUGAUGCACACAAGAGAUGGGGCCAUGGAGGUCACCGUAUCAUAUGGGGAGGGUAGUGCAGAAUUGGUCUGUGCUGCCUUUGGGAAGGAAGGGCUGUGCUCUACCUCUGGUGAGUGUCCCAGAUAAGAGCAUCCAAGACAGUGGGGGUAGAAUAAGACUGCGCCUUCCUGUGGUGGCUGUGAUGAAGGGAACAGCAUGCGGUCCUGUGUUUCUGGACCCAUGUGGCACCUCACACAUCGGCUCUGCCACUUCUAAUCAAGCCUUUCAUGAUAAUAUGAUGCAUAUUGCAGGCUGAAUCUCAACUGAAUGUUUACUGCCAGUACCUAAAGUGCCAUUUGAAAAUGAUGAUGUUAAUGAUUUCAUGUCAGUGAACAAUAUCUCAUGUUUAUAAUGUGUUGGGCCAGGGAUUUAGCUCAGUGGUUCCGCUGCCUGCCUCAAAAGUGCAAGGUCCCGAGUUCAAUCCCCAGUACCAAAAAAAAAAAAUUAUCUUAUAAUGUGUCUUUUCUUGAGACAAGUUUCCAAGGGCUAAAAAUAAAAAGGUCAAAAAUCA